AUGGCUUCCACCCGGGACGCCAGUCCCGUCGUCGCAAAGGUGAAGAAGACGAAGAAGGCCGAGGCAUCCAAUGGGGUCGAGAAGAAGGAGAAGAGCUCGAAGAAGCGGAAGGUGGCCGACCCCGUGCUAGAUGCCCCGACCCCCGCCCCCCACCCCCACGCCCUGGACAACUUCGCGCUGUCCGCCCCCCUGAAGUCCAUGCUGCGCAGCAAGGGCAUCGAGUCCCUGUUCGACAUCCAGGCGGCCUGCCUGACCCCCCUGCUGGAGGGGCGGGACCUGGUGGGCCGCGCGCGCACCGGCUGCGGCAAGACCCUUGCCUUCGUGCUGCCCAUCGUGGAGCGGCUGAGCCAGCGCCCGCGCGGCGCGCACGGCCGCGCGCCCUCCGUCAUCGUGCUGGCCCCCACCCGCGAGCUGGCCAAGCAGGUGGGCGCGGACUUCGAGACCUACGGCCGCUCCGCCGGCCUGACCUGCGUCUGCCUGUACGGCGGCACGCCCAUGAGCCCGCAGGAGGGCGCGCUGCGCCGCGGCGUGGACGUGGUCAUCGGCACCCCCGGCCGCGUCAAGGACCACAUCGAGCGCGGCAGCCUGUCCUGCGCCAACCUCGCCUUCCGCGUGCUGGACGAGUGCGACGAGAUGCUCAACAUGGGCUUCGUGGACGACGUGGAGCGCAUCCUGAACACGGGCGUGGACACCACCGACAUCCAGACCCUGCUCUUCUCCGCCACGCUGCCGCCCUGGGUCAAGCAGAUCACCACCCGCUUCCUGAAGCCCAACCACGCCACCGUGGACCUGGUCGGCACCGAGAAGAUGAAGGCUAGCACCUCGGUGCGUCACCUGCUGCUGCCCUGCCACUGGAGCCAGCGCGCGGAGGUGACCCAGGACCUGGUCAAGUGCUACGGCGCGCUAGGGCGCACCAUCAUCUUCACCGAGACCAAGCGCGACGCGGACGAGCUGGCGGCGCAGCUGUCGGAGACGGUGGGCGCGCGCCCGCUGCAUGGCGACAUCGCGCAGAGCCAGCGCGAGGUGACGCUGGCCGGCUUCCGCUCCGGCAAGUUUGCGGUGCUGGUGGCCACCGACGUCGCAGCGCGCGGGCUGGACAUCAAGUGCGUGGAGCUGGUGGUCCAGUCAGAGCCGCCCAAGGAGCCGGAGACGUACAUCCACCGCAGCGGACGCACGGGGCGCGCCAACUCCACCGGCACCUGCAUCACGCUGGUGGACCGGCGCAAGGAGGGGCUCAUCCCCGUCAUCGAGCGCCGCGCGGGCAUGAAGUUUGAGCGCAUCGGCGCGCCCCAGCCCGCCGACAUGGCGCGCGUGGCGGGCGAGCGCGCCGUGGACGCGCUGGCCGAGGUGGACGCGGGCGUGGUGGACGCCUUCCGGCCCGCGGCGCGCACGCUGCUGGCGGCGUCGGAGAGCGCGGAGGCCGCGCUGGCCGCCGCGCUGGCGCGCAUCACGGGCUACACCGCGCUGCGCCCGCGCUCGCUCAUCACAGCGCACGAGGACUACACCACGCUGCGCCUGGCGGCCGCCUUCCCCGUGGACAAGCCGGGGCAGGUGUUUGGCGUGCUGCGCAAGGCCCUGCCCGAGGCCUCGGUGGAGGAGGUGAAGAGCAUGACCCUGACCAGCGACGGGAAGGGGGCGGUGUUUGACGUCCCCGCCGCCCUGGUCCAGGCCUUCAAGCAGGCGCUGCCUGAGCCGGAGGGCGGGGACGUGGGUGCCGCCAAGAACGGCGCCUUUGUCUCGCAGCCCUCCACCCUUCCCGAGGUGGUGGAGCGCGAGCGAGCGAGCAUGGCAGCUGCCAAGGCCACCACGGCUCUGGCCAAGCCCGCCACGGCCGAGUUUGUGGUCUCCAAGGUCGACCAGCUGGUGAACUGGGCCAGGAAGGGCUCCAUCUGGCCCAUGACCUUCGGCCUCGCCUGCUGUGCGGUGGAGAUGAUGCACACCGGCGCUGCCCGAUACGACCUGGACAGGUUCGGCAUCAUCUUCCGGCCCUCCCCCCGCCAGUCCGACUGCAUGAUCGUGGCGGGGACCCUGACGAACAAGAUGGCGCCUGCCCUGCGCAAGGUGUACGACCAGAUGCCGGAGCCGCGCUGGGUGCUGUCCAUGGGCAGCUGCGCCAAUGGCGGCGGCUACUACCACUACUCCUACGCCGUGGUGAGGGGCUGCGACCGCAUCGUCCCCGUGGACAUCUAUGUUCCCGGCUGCCCCCCCACCGCCGAGGCCCUCAUGUACGGCCUGCUCCAGCUGCAGAAGAAGAUCGGUCGGACCAAGAAGACGCAGGUCUGGUUCAACAAGUAG